UUUCUCGAGGUUGGCAAAAAGCAGCCUGCCCUUGAUGUUCUCUAUGAUGUUAUGAAAAGUAAAAAACACCGAACAUGGCAAAAGAUUCACGAACCGAUUAUGCUCAAGUACCUAGAGCUCUGCGUGGAUCUCCGCAAGAGUCACCUGGCAAAAGAAGGGCUGUACCAGUACAAGAACAUUUGCCAGCAGGUGAACAUCAAAUCUUUAGAGGAUGUUGUUCGAGCCUAUUUAAAAUUAGCUGAAGAAAAAACAGAAGCAGCUAAGGAAGAAUCACAGCAGAUGGUACUGGAUAUAGAAGAUUUAGAUAACAUUCAAACUCCAGAAAGUGUUCUCCUGAGUGCUGUGAGUGGGGAAGACACUCAGGAUCGGACUGACCGACUGCUUUUGACACCUUGGGUUAAAUUUCUGUGGGAAUCAUACAGACAGUGUUUGGAUCUUCUCCGAAAUAAUUCUAGAGUGGAACGUCUGUACCAUGAUAUUGCACAGCAAGCUUUUAAGUUCUGCCUGCAGUACACGCGCAAGGCCGAGUUCCGCAAGCUCUGCGAUAACCUGAGGAUGCACCUGGGGCAGAUCCAGCGUCACCAUAACCAGAGCACAGCCAUCAACCUCAACAACCCCGAGAGCCAGUCCAUGCACCUGGAGACCCGCCUGGUGCAGCUGGACAGCGCUAUCAGCAUGGAGCUGUGGCAGGAAGCUUUCAAAGCAGUGGAGGAUAUUCAUGGGCUGUUCGCACUCUCGAAGAAACCACCCAAACCACAGUUGAUGGCAAAUUAUUAUCAUAAAGUUUCAACUGUUUUCUGGAAAUCAGGGAAUGCUCUUUUCCAUGCAUCUACUCUUCACCGAUUGUAUCACUUGUCAAGAGAAAUGCGGAAGAAUCUUACACAAGAGGAGAUGCAGAGGAUGUCCACUCGAGUCCUUUUGGCCACGCUGUCGAUUCCCAUAACUCCGGAGCGCACGGAUAUCGCCCGCCUCCUGGACAUGGACGGCAUCAUUGUUGAGAAGCAGCGGCGUCUGGCGACCCUGCUGGGGCUUCAGGCCCCCCCUACCCGGGGCAGUCUCAUUAAUGACAUGGUAAGGUUCAAUGUAGUGCAGUAUGUUGUUCCCGAAGUGAAAGAACUUUACAACUGGCUUGAAGUCGACUUUCACCCACUGAAGUUGUGCAGUCGUGUCAGCAAGGUAAGUGCCUUUAAUAUCCUCUUUUUUUCUCAUCUCUUUCCAAUGAAUGGGAAAAUGCUUAACAUUUCUUUUCACAUCCAGGUGGCCCAGAUUUGUCAAAGCAUUGAAUUUACUCGUCUGGCCAACCUGGUUCCUUUUGUCGAUGCCUUCCAGCUGGAACGUGCUAUUGUAGAUGCAGCCAGACAUUGUGACUUGCAGGUUCGCCUUGAUCAUACUUCUCGAACCCUGAGUUUUGGUUCCGAUUUGAAUUACAGCACCAGGGAGGAUGCUCCGCUGGGCCCGCAGCUGCAGAGCAUGCCUUCCGAGCAGAUCAGGAACCAGCUCACUGCCAUGUCCUCAGCUCUGGCAAAGGCCCUUGCAGUCAUUAAACCUCCUCACUUAAUG